AUGGUGCUCGCCAAAUCCAAGAAGAGCGUCGGGCUGGGCAACAGCCUGAUGAACGAUAGGUUCUCAAAGGGAAAGGGCGAUAAUCUGCGAAAGGGCAACUUCAAUGCGGGUAUCGAGCGAACAGGUCAGAAUGGUGAGAAGUACAUCACGAACGAGAAGAAGGAAGCGUCGUACAUGAAGAUGCGGUCCGUCACCGAACAAGGCGCUCUCGACGACUUUCUUUCCACUGCAGAGUUGGCAGGCACCGACUUCACCGCCGAGAAAAUGAACAACGUCAAGAUCAUUCACAAGGACCAGAAGAACCCAUACCUCCUCUCGCCACUCGAGGAGCGCAAUGCCACAAAGAGGCACAAGGAGAACAAGAACAGGUUGACAGUACCGAGGCGACCUCGUUGGGACAAGGACACUACGCCGCAAGAGCUGGACGAGAAGGAGAGGGCGUCCUUACUACAAUGGCGGAGAGGCUUGGCUGAGCUACAAGAGAACAACGACCUCCUCUUGACACCCUUUGAGCGCAAUCUCGAGGUUUGGAGGCAGUUGUGGCGAGUUAUCGAGCGGUCGGAUCUGAUUGUGCAGAUUGUGGACGCUCGAAACCCGCUCAUGUUCCGAUCCGAGGACUUGGAAGACUAUGUCAAGGAGGUGGACCCCAAGAAGAACAACCUGUUGCUGGUCAACAAGGCGGAUAUGAUGACGCUGGAGCAGCGAAAAGCCUGGGCCGACUACUUUACCGAAGCGGGCAUCAACUACAAGUUCUUCUCGGCUGAACUCGCUAAAGAGAUCAACGAAGCCCGCGCUGGACUUGUUGAGGACGAUGAGUCAGACGAUGAUAUCGACUCGGAUGAGUUGCUGACCGACGAUGGUAUGGGAGAUGAUUCAGAACAAGAGGCUGAUGCGCUUGCCAAGGAAGCCAAAAAGAUCAGCUUGCAAGACAAGCAAGAGGAGAAGGAACAGUGGGUGGACGAAGAGACCGUCGAUGUACCCGGCGCAAGCCGAUCAGAGGCUGAUGGCGAUGAGCGCACACGAAUACUGACAACCGAGGAUCUCGAAGCCCUGUUCCUCCAACAUGCGCCUGAUGUCGACACCGGACCCAAUGGCGAACCGCGAAAGACAUCGAUUGGUCUGGUCGGUUACCCCAACGUCGGAAAGUCGUCCACCAUCAACGCCUUGAUCGGUGCGAAGAAGGUGUCUGUGUCCGCCACACCCGGAAAGACCAAGCACUUCCAAACUAUCCAUCUCAGUGAGAAGGUUGUCCUGUGUGAUUGCCCCGGUCUAGUGUUCCCCAACUUUGCAACAACCAAAGCCGAACUCGUAUGUGCUGGUGUAUUGCCAAUCGACCAACUCCGCGAGUACACUGGUCCCGCCGGUCUUGUUGCACGCCGCAUCCCACAACCUUUCCUCGAGGCUCUCUACGGAAUGAAGAUCCACCCCCGACCAAUCGAAGAAGGUGGAACCGGCAUUCUGACUUCUGACGAAGUCCUCCGCGCCUACGCCAUCGCCCGAGGUUUCUCCACACAAGGUCUCGGUCAACCAGAUGAGUCCCGAGCCGCACGCUACAUCCUCAAGGACUACGUCAAGGGCAAGAUCCUCUUCUGCCAUCCCCCACCCACCGAUCCCCCGCUAGACCCCAAGCACUUCAACCGCGAACUCUACGACGUAAAUCACCUCCCCGCCAAGCGCCGCCACCACCCUCUCGCCAACCUCCCUGGUAACCAUUCCCUUGCCGGACCCGAAGCCGACGACAUGUCACUCAUGGACGAUGAGCUCGACGGCGGUGGUGUACCCGUUCAAGGUGCAAAGACGCAGCGCAUGGAUAAACGGUUUUUUGGCCCGGGACAAGGGAUGGCUAAGGUAAACCAGCCGUUUCAUUACAAGUAUAGUGAGCAAGGGAAGGAGCUGAGUGGCAGGAAGGCGAAGAUGAUGGCGGCGUUGGAGAAGGAUGUGGAUCCUAAGGAGAUGCAAAUGAUGAGUGGUAAGAAACAUUUCAAGGCGAAUAAGAGGAGGGCGAAGAAGGUGAGGAGUGAGUAUGUUGAUUAA